ACAAUUUCAAACUGUCCAACUCCUCACUCACCUCAUCUUAACUAUAUAUAAAGAGAUAAAAUUUAAUUAUAUUAACAGAAUAAUAUUAGUAAUUAUGACAAGCAUCGCGUUCACCACCUCCAUCACAAAGCUCCCAACCACCAACAAACUACCUUUCAUCCUUGGCCGCCAACCUACCCUCUCUCUUCUUCCUAUUUUUCACGGUGCGGGUAGACGUUAUGGCACGAUGGCUACAUACGAUGAGGCUGCCGAGGCAGCUAAGCACGGCCGCGACGCCGCCAAGAAGGGCGUGGAUGCGGCCAAGAGGGGCGGCCAACAAGUGAAAAAGGAGGCCACUGCUGCUGCAGAUAAUGCGGGUCAGAAAAUGGGCGACAUGGCGGGGAAGGUCUCGAGCACGGCGCAAGACGCGGCUGGCAAAGUGAAGCAGACUGCCCAGGACGCAGCCGGAAAAGUGAAGCAAACGGCGGAGGACGCCUGGGGAUCUGUUAAAGACGCCACGAACAAGAUCAAAGACACGGUGGUGGGGAAGGCGGAGGCGUCCGCCGACUCUGCCAAAGACACCAUCAGAGAAGGGGCUGCAAAAGUUGAUCGCACCAUCAACUCCAAAAACUGAACACAUUACUGUUUCUUUACAUUUUCCAUGUUCAGUUAAAGGUGUAGUAGACUUGGUUUGUUUCAGUUUUUGUCUGAAUUUUCAGGAAUAAUUUUCACUUUGAUUCUGACACAAGAAUCAAGUUUGAGAGGUUUUAUGGAUAUGUUGAUGUAUCCAAUUGUCUUGGGAUAGUUUUUGUUUUGUAAGAAGCCUAAGUUGAUGAAUAUUUCUUUCUAGAUGAAGAGGAAUACA